GUGCGUAGUCAUUGUCCAGGUGUAUCUUUCUGCCCUGGAAGUUGAAUCCCCUCUUCUGCCAGGCUAUUUAAUGACCUCCUCCUUCAUUCUGUAGCUUGAGAACUUGACCACAUUAGAUCUUGGUGGGGCUUCAGAUGGAGGUUUCGGGAGUAGACCCUGAAGGCAGCAGCAGGAGGUGACUUCAAGUUCAGAGUUUUGACUUUCAGAGUGACUGUGUGUGUGUUAGUUCACCUGCAGAGCUCAUCUGGACUUACCUGUGCAGACAACAGUUAUAGUGAUUGGCGGGCCAUGGACCAAUCACUCUCCAGUGGACGGGGCCACGUGAGCGUGCUCAGUUGCUUCCCACCCUCAGUGGGCAAAGAUGUUGUUGUGGCUGUGGUGAAGCCCCUGAGAGCCGGCCUGGGAAACCCUGACACCUGCAGUCAGCUUUACACAGACAGACAGGUGAAGUGGACGAUGGAGGUGUUGUGUUACGGUUUGACUCUCCCAUUGGAUGGAGACACUGUCAAAAUGUGUGUGGACGUCUACACUGAUUGGCUGAUGGCCCUGGUUUCCCCCAGAGACUCCAUCCCUCUACCAAUCAGCAGAGAGCCUGACCUGUACAUCCAGCAGAUCCUCCGACACCUGAUCAGCCUUUUCGCGCCCAGGUCAGACCAGGUGAGUCCGGUCUACCUGUCUCUCUGUCAACAGGUGUUGUGUGCAGUUCAGACACUGGCCAGAGACAGCGCUGUGAUGAGCAGAGACACCUGGCAGACUCUGCUGCGCUUCCUGCUCCGCAUCAACCACACAAUGCUGGCUCCACCCAACACUACAGGUGUUGUGUCAGAGCAGCUGUCUCACCUGUCGAUGGUGGUGCUGUUUGAGAUGUGGUUACUGUCUUGCUCCCGGUGUUUCCCGUCUCAGUCUCUCUGGUUGACAGGCCGACAGAUGUUGAGCAGCUGGAGACAUCAGCCUGUAGUGGUGGAGCAGUGGUGCCGAGUCAACACUGCCCUGACCUCCAGGUUGUUGCUGCUGACCUUUGGUCCAUCCUUCCCUCGCUUUGAAGUCCCAGAUGAAGAUGCUGCUCUGAUCCCUGCAGAAAUGGAUGACCAACGAGUGUCUCAUACUUGGUUCAGGUUCCUGCACCUGCUCAGUAAUCCAGUGGACCUCAGUCGUCAUGUGAUUGUUGGUACGACUCCAUCCUCUCAGGAGGAGGCAUUAAGAGGAGACAACCUACUGCCAAAGAUCUUCUUUAGAGCCAUGAGAGGAGUCAGCACGCUGGUUGAUGCCUUCCUGGGUGUGACUGUGGUCAACAAGGAACCGACACAGCAAGUGCUGCCAAACACCGGACUACCACAGAGCAUCCAUUUCAGAGAUCGGUUGCCUUCUCUUGGUGUUGCUGUAACCAGAAGCCCAUUCAAAGACCGCCUCCCUUCCUAUGGUCUGUCUCGACCUCGUUCUGGCAGUGCCCCGCCCACCCCUGUGAGCAUACUGAGCAUGCUAAGUGCCCCUCCCUCCAUCACCUCCCCUCCUCCACACAGCAGACGACUAAAACCUGCAAAUGUUUCAAAGGCAACCAGCAAACCUCUGACGACAUCGUCCUCCCCCCAUCACUGGAAGACCUCCUCCCAGCCUCCAGCCUCCACUACCCAUCUGUGCUCCUCCCCCCGACCCUCCCCCUCCCCCCUCAGGUGUAACAUGGACUCCCUCCUUCACCUGUUCGGCUGCUGGCUAUUUGAUGCUGCGCAGAUCAACCACAACAGGUGGGCGGCUGGUCGGAGUGAGGCCUGCGGGACGCUCUGCAGAAUCUUCACCUGUAAAAAAACUGCAGAGGACAUCCUGCCUAUCUACCUUUCCAGAUUCUACCUGGUUCUCCUGCAGGGUCUCCAGGUGUCAGAGGAGGCAUGUCCACCUGUUUUGGCCUCCAUCCUGCUGAACUCCACCUGUCUGUUCUGCUGUGAUCUAAAGGGAGUCAAUCUGCUGCUCCCUGCAUUCAUCUCAGCUGUGGAGAAUGUGCUGCUUGACAGAGAUCUGCUGAGGUUUAAGAAUUUUGUGAGUCCUGUCGAUUUGAGACGAGCCUCCAUCUUUAUCUUGCUCUCCCUGUUGCCCCUUCCACUUCACUUUCUCUCUGUCCAAUCAGAGGUGUUGUUAGAUGGGCAGUUCAGUGGUGAUGAUGUCACAGCAGGUACCUACCAGUCUCUGAUGCCGCGCCUCAUCAGUGUUCUGAUUGGAGCUCUGCACACAGAGACCGACGCCUCCAACACACAGAUCAUACUUGCGGCAAUGUUGAACCUGGUUCAGGACUUGGCUCUCUUAGAGGCUGCAGGACAACCCAAACAGGAAACAAAGUCCCAGCAUAGUGGAGCUGGCAGACCCAGGUGGACCACGGGAACCAGUGGACCCAGAAGGACCAGAGGAACCAAUACCAUCCUGUCACACUCAGCAGGGAUCCUGUGGGUUCAGUUUGUUCAUCUCCUGACUCAGUGCCUGACAGCUCAGUGGAGGAAUGACUCAGCAGUUUGUCUGUCUGCACUGGAAGUACUGGGAGGACUGGCCAAGGUGGAGGUGAAUGUGGAGCAGAGUGAGAGGAGGCGAGCGCUCUCCUCUGUCUGUUGUUAUAUCGAGUUUCAGUGCAGUCGUCCUCCCCCGCUUCACUCCAGAGACCUGCACUCCAUUAUCGUCGCUGCAUUCACCUGUCUGAACACCUGGGUAACACGACACCCUGCCAUGCUCGACCAACAGGAGUGUCUGUUUGAGGUCCUGGAGAUUGUUGAAUUGGGGAUUUCAGGCACUAAGUCGAAACGGGAAGAGGAAGUGAGGUGUAAGGAGGAGAAAGAACUAAACCCCGUCUCUCUGAGGGUGAAGGAGGCAGCUGAGGUCACGCUGAACUGUGUGAUGCAGGUUUUGGGGGCCGUUCCUUCCCUCGGAGGCCUGCUGGAUGAAGACGCUCUGAUUCGCUGCUAUAGUUUGAGUGACAGCAGUUUGAGGAAGAAGUUCAGAUACUUUGUGUUGGACAGCUCAGUGAUCAUGGCCAUGCUGGAACAGCCGCAGGGACCUGAAGACGCAUCGUGUCCGUCACUCGCAAUGCUGAUCAGAGGAUCAUCAGGACGUCACAGCUGGACUCUGCAGCUCCACCUGCAGCCAAGAGAAGGACGAACACACACACAGCACUUUCUGAUUCCAGGAUGCCGCGCUGCAGCCCAGGAGGAUGCUGGGAUACAAUGCAGCAUAAAAAAUCACCAGUUUCCUGAAAACAUCGAAAGAGUUCCUUCAGUCAAAGCAGAUCGGAGUAUUCCAGCUUUGCAUGAGACAGUCACUGAGGAGAUGCAGCCACAGCUGGAGCGUCUGCAAACAACAUUUCAGAGGCAGCAACAGGUCGAGGCUCAGCCGCUGCUGAGCGGACGGUCGGUCGUCAUGGCGACCUGCAGGCCACCGCCCCCUGUCACCGACUUCCAGACAGCGAGACUCUUUCUGUCCCACCUGGGCCUGCUGACACCUGAGACCCUGAAGGAUCCAGGUACCAGCGGUGUUCUGGCUCAGCUGGUGUCUCUAGAUUCUUCUCUUCAUGGAUUCUCAGAGGAUCUGAAACGUUUGGACCAGCUGCCAUCCAGAAAUUGUGACUCUGCCUUCAUCUUCUACAUAAGAGCAGGACAGCGGAUGGCUGCUGAGAUCCUGAGUAACGUGGAGUCUAGCAGCAGCGUCCUUUCUCACUUUCUGGACUUCCUGUCAUCUCUUGGUCGCCCAAUGGAGGUGAGGCAGCACCAGAUGGGCAAAGUCAUCACCGACAGUUUAGAAUUCCCUACUGUGAUUGGUGACAGUGGAGGGGGCGUGUUUAACGGAGAGAAGUUUAUCCUGAUGUACGCAGACGCUCUGACAGAGAUCACCUUCAUUGUCCCGUCAUCUUCAUCACACAAAGCUAAUUUGCAGAAGAGUCCAGGGGAGGUGGAGCCGCCGACUGAAUCGCCAUCAAACCCAUACAGUGGUUCUGAGCUCCGCCCAGACUCUGCCGCUCAACCCACAGUCGAGUUGAACGUCCUGAUCAUCUGGGUCGAAAGCUUCGAGGACAUCGAGAGGUUCCCUCUGUCUGACCUGCUGUCAGAGACCAGCACACACACACACUGCAGUGUGUCUAACUUCCAGCUGAUCUUUAUACAUCCUCUGAAGACUGGACUCUAUAGGAUCUGUUUCCAUGGAAAUACAACCAGCAAGUUUGGUUCAGUCGUCCCACUGGUCAACGGGAGUGUGGUCAGCAAGAGGUCUUUGGGUUUCCUGGUGAGAGAGAUGGUCAUUAACUGUUGCCAUCGGCGGCGGCUGGACAGUGACUCCGCCCAUCUGCCCCACAUCAUAAGGAAGCACAUGAUUAGUGACAUCAUCCAUCGCUACCGCAGCUGCCGCUCUGAACCCUCCUUCUACUCGGCCCUGUUCCAGGACCCCUGACCUCGCCCAGCUGGCCCUGCCCACCUGAUACGACCUAAAACCCUGUACCUCCUGACUUCGCCUCCGCUGUCACUCCAUACUCUGUGCAAUCUGUGUAGAUUAUAUGAUGACCACAGCAGCAGACAGGUGUUACUGAGUUAUGAUAUCACCUGCACAUAAGAUAACGUGUGUGUGUGUGUGUGUGUGUGUGUGUGAGAGAGAGAGAGCGAGAGAGAGAGAGGGUGUACACCCUGUCACCUGUAUGAUACAUAUAUGAUGUCACCACUGUUUGUUACUACAAACAUUUAUCAUUCUACAUUUGAAUGAUCCAAUCAGAACAGUUCCCUGUUGUGAUGUCACUCUGUCCUGUGUUUACUUCAGGCUCACACAUAAUGAAGGACGAGUAAAACUUUAUUACUUCCUAUCAGAGCGACAAACAGUAAAAAUUAUAUAUUCUAUAUGAUGACUUACAGACAAUAAACAGAUCAAUAAA